AUUUAAAGGAGGAUGACUUUUACGAGCACUUGUCCUACCAUACAUUUUUCCUAUGGACGUGCAAUAUCCGGUUUUUCCUUUCUAUUAUCCCAAUGUCUAAGUUUACUAACGGGGCAGCACCGUAAUGGAGUCCAAUAGCCUUGGAGUCUGCGGAACUCUUCCUAUUGAAUCGAGGUAGACUAGCGUGAAAGUUUUAGCUAGUAUAAAUUCAACGCUACGCCGAACCCUCCCCCUAGAGUGGCUUACAGAGUGGCGCGCAAUGUUCGUAAAGACUUGCUCCACGCAAAAAGAAAGAUUGGCUUACUGACGAGUCCAUUAGCAGUUUCUGGCCAAACUCUGCCCUUCUGCUCCCCUUCCUUCCUCGUAGCUUCAAACUUCGCAUUACUGAUAAAAGCAUUAUUAUUCCUAUAACGAUAUAUCAAAUGCUAUGAGAAGUGCAAGUCCAACUAAAAACGCCAUAAAGAAAACCGCUCAAAACGAAUCUCUCCGCCCUCGUCCAAUCUUCCGCUCAUCGAUAUUCCCCAACCUCCAGCUCCCCAAGCAGAGUAAUAUAAAAAAAAAAAAGAAAAAAAAAAAACACGAAAGCUGGCCCAAUACCAAUAUCUCGCCUACAAUGCCCGAAAACAGCGUUUCGCUCCUCGAUUUAUUAGCCUCUCCCCAUAAAACCAUUUAUCGAUCCCACAGGCGUGAUAAUGGCCAGCUUGCUGGCGGUGCAGUCGGUGAUCAUGCAGGGAAAGAACUCGUUCGAGCUGUACGGUUACGAUAUACUUCUCGACGAGGAUCUGACGCCGUGGUUGCUCGAGGUGAACGCCUCGCCAGCGCUGACCGGCACGGACAGCGAGGAUUAUCGGCUCAAGUUCGAUCUCCUCGACGACACGCUCAACGUGCUCGACUUCGAGGGCCGUUUCACCGGCAGAGAGACCAGAAUCGGUGGUUUCGAUCUACUGUGGAACGAUGGUCCGGUGUGGACUUACUGUCCCAAUCCAUCUGUUUGCGGCGAGCCACCCACCGAUCUUAAGAAACUGAAUAUUUUCCUUGGAGCACGGAAUGAUAGAGUCGAACAGCUGCGCCAACUCAGACAGUGUUUGGAAGAGAAGAGGAACAAGGUGCAGAGCGAUCGUGUCGGGGUGCGUCGAUGAUGAACGAAUUGGAGAUU